UGUCGCGCCAAUGCUAUGAUGGUCCCACCCCCAAGGCCCCACCCCCGAACACACCCUCAUCAUCCCCAAGCCCCAUCUGGAGAGCUGACCUCUCUCCCGCCUAUUUCUGAGGCCCUGACUCUGCGCCGUCUUCUGCGUACCGGGGCAGACGCCCUUUCCUCCAAAGGCUGAUGAUAGCCUUCCCAUUCUUGCCAGCCUUGGCGGCCUGUUGGAUAGGAUCAUCCCUGGAGCGCCCACACCACAUUUCUCAAAGGCCGAAUUGGCUCCACAGCAGAGCCUCACAAAUCCAACUUCGCAAUGUCCCACCUAGCUCCUUGUUCCAUCAGUUCCAGAGCGUGCGGCUCAACUGACUCAGCACCAAUUCUCUCCACGAGAUGGGGACGAGAGAGGCACUCACCGUUGGUGGAUUGAGCCCAACUCAUGGAACCUGUACCUGGCCCCUUCAUUAGCGCACAGAGUAGCGAGUACCUGGGUACUUGGGUACCUACCUGCUCUCCGUCAGCACAGCUCACCCAAGAGUAAGACCAACCGUCCUGGGUGCAUUCCUUCUUGUCGUUGUACGAAAUGUCCAAUUUAUUGCUACCAGUACUGUGUACAACCAUCAUAUGUCUGAAUUUCUCUUCAACUCGCGUUAAUUCAAGACAGUAUAUUUGCCAGACUUAGCACUCCCACCGUUGGGGGCCCUAAGGACGGAGGUGUGAGAGGUACAGACCGCAGACAAGGCUCUGGCUGGCUGGCUGCACAUGCAACCCCCCUCUUUCCAUGGCUAUAUGAAAGCUCUCUCUGUCCCUCAAUAUCAGGCUGCUCCAUUUUUCGAUGCAUCUAUCCCAAAGCCAAACGCCUACCUACUACGUCUCUCCUCAAGGUACACUUUGGGUCUUUGCACCUUCAUUGGGCUCCCAGACUACACCCUGGGCCCACUGGCACCCACUCCCGACAUACGGCAGAGAUACUAUGGCCAGGCUGGCCCAGAUCGUAUAGGUACUGAGAGAAGGUUGGUCAUGUCGCUCAGCAAACUCCCAUAUGAAAUUAUCCACCUCAUUGUACAAGAGUUGGAACUGGACGACGUCUUCAACUUGAGCCUCUCGCCCCGCUUCAGCUACCUGAUCAGGGAGGACAGGGUGUGCCGGGCGAUCCUAGAGUCAAGGGCACCUGGAACCCCCGAGGCCAAAGAAGCAAUAUCCACUGGCAACUAUGCCGCCGCUCUGCGGAGGCUGUACAAGAGGCGGCAGGCCAUACGCUCCGCUGCCCCCUUCACAGCAGCCAUCGUUGCCGUGGCCGAGUCUUGGAUUUACGUCAACGGGACACUGUGUCACAUGUCAGACAGAACCCUGCGAGUCCUGGAUUUACACAAGUCUAGCGGUCAAGAAACCAUCAUACAGGUCAGGGCCCUAUUGGACGAGGCAAUCGCCGAGUCAAGGGGCGCCCGGAAGUACAAGUUUCAGAUUCUCCACUAUGCAGAAGGCAUCGUGUCGUGCCUCUACACCCACUGUAGGCCCGCCGUCGAGAGCUGGCUGGUCGUCUUGAGCGUCAGCGAGCAGAAGUUGUUGACCACCCUGAACCUGGACACAACCUACAAGAUCUUUGUUCGAAAUGACCAGAACUAUCUGUAUUUUGGGACUCAUUCUGAGUUCGGCGACGAUGGGUUCCGCCGUUGGGUUCUCAUGGGCUACGACAUCCAUGGCGGCCGCUGGUUCGACCAAAAGGUUCACCUCCUAGACAUGGUAGGGUCCGACAUUGGACAGUCCAUCGCCUUCGAGAUAAUUGAUGGCAAGUUCUAUGGCCUCUCCAACCAGACAAGCUUCGAGGUCGACGAGGUCGACUGGACCUCACACUACCACUGCUUCAGGUUCCCCGUCGCAGCGCCCAAACCCAAGACGACCGAGAGGUCUGUCAAGGAUAAGAUGUGGCGAAGACAGCAUGCGGAGGGGCCGAUCGACGACCGAUGGUCCUUCAUCCGCCUUCUCCGGGAUGAGCGCGACCCGAAGCAGCUGCAGGUGCUCGAGUCCCGAAAGGAGUGGCUGGCUGGGAGCCCCGGGCGGCGCAACUACUACACGACCCCAUUGGUCUUCCCGGGACAAGCGGCCGGCUCAGAAGACGAGGAUGGUGACCCCAGAGACCCAGGGUCUAGCAGCGUCGGCGGUGGCAUAAUCAUUAACCCGACCACCGACACCGUCCCGGAGGUCAGGCCACACACCAACUACGACCUACCGCCCAGCCCGCCUCCUCCCCGCAUCCGCUGUCCUUUCAACACUCACACGGGAGAUGACGCCUCGACGGCGCUCAUGUUCACACUGAGCAAAUGCUUCAUACGUUCUUAUCACCCUGCGAGCCAGACGUUCCUUGACCUGGUCGACGAUGACCCGGACUGCGACAGCUCUCAAGACUCGACCCGGCGCCUUCGCCUCCGGGCCGGUUGUCGCACGCUGCGUCCCGCAACAGCCAUCCUAGCGGACCCCGUUGCCAGCGAUCUGACCCAACCGCACAUGAUCCGUACCGCCCGGUUGUACGAGUCUGGCGCCCGCAACGACAUUACUUUCUGGCCACCGGCAGCCGGCUCGCCUGAGGCCGCACGCGUCGACUCCGGCCUCCUGGCAGAACUAUGCCGUGUCGUCAACCCCCCCGGGCAUCCUGGACCCGUCAAGGGGGCGUGGGACGAGCGGUCGCUCGUCUACUCCACGGCUGGCGGGCCCGGCCGAGAUGGCGGCAUGCAGGCGCUCGUGUUUGUCAGCUUCGACCCCAGCAUCCGCCUGCCGGGCUUAAAGGAGUGGGGGGACGAAUGUGCGCGUCGCGACAGUGGCUACGAAUCUGGUCACGAGGGGGAAGAUGAGGACAUGGCGGGCAUUGAUCAUUGGACGCCCGGGGCAGUCGGCGAGGACGCAGUGCGUCACGACGAGGCGGGCAAGGGCAAGGCCAAGCAGCAGCAGCAGGUUUCCGCAUCGCCGCUACCGGUGGAUACAGACGAUAACGAGUCGGUUCCCUCGCCGCCUCACCAGCCUGACUACUGCGCCGGCUGGACGCCCGAGGCCACAUUUGACUGGCCCGUGGAGGUCACCGGUGGGGAGAAUGGGGGUAAGGGCAAGGGCAAGGCACCUGCCACCGAUGCUGCAGCCGUGUGGCAUGGAGGUGAUAACGGUGGUGCUAGUGGUGAUGGUGGUGCUUCUGGUGAUCUCGACGGAACGAGGACGCCGGAACGAGACGCAGCCGCGGACUCAGGUGCAGGUGCAGAUGCAGGGUCAAUGCCGAUGCCCGGGGGGGCAGGUGUCGGCGACUCGUUCAGCACGACGGGACAGGCAUUCUCCUCGUUCUCGUCGCAUUAUUCCGCCCCGGCAGCAGACGAUGAUGGGGCGCCCAGCGGCUCGGGCUGCGGCGGCGCGUCUUCGUCACAGCAGCAGCAGCAGCCUCGCGAAGCACAACUACAACCUGCAGCAAUAAUACCGACGAGGCAACAACAGCCUGGAUGCCAGUGGGCGAGCACGGGGAUGGCCAUGUGGCGGGAGAUCGGGGUCGGGUUCAACUCCCUUCCAGACUUCACAAGCCCGAGGAGGAUGCAGCAGAGUGGAAGGAGAUCAAGACAUGCAGGCUAGCACACACACACACACGGGAUCAUGCAAUGGGGAUGGGGAUGAGACAGUGGCAUACCAUACAUACACCCACUGUCUUCCGCCCUACAUACCUACAUACCUACCUACCUACCUACCUACCACACACACGCCCCGUAUCAAUGAAUGGUUCAGAUGUGCACAAGACAGCAGGACAGAUGGCCAUGCAGUGGAACAGGGCGUGCAGCAGGGACGUUGCCAACCUGACGAGGGGGACAGGGAAGCAGCAUGGUUUUUCGCCGGAUGGAUUACCCUUCUGGUCAUUCAUUACCCGUCGCCGGGCUAUGCUCGUCAUCAUCAUCGUGUCAUUUAUCUAUCUCUGUCUUUUUUUCUCCUCUUCCCCCCAUGUACUUACCUACUGUAUACGGUGAAAAGAUUCAAGGGUAGCUGGCCAAGCAGCCGUCGUAUGGCAAGAAAUAACACCAUGUAAUCUUAUUCGGGCAUAACCGAGAGCAACAAACACGCCAGAUCCAACCCUCCCGCAAGCCUCGUCCGAAUGCCGUCAGCAUUCAUUAUCCGCGCCUAGAAAAUUCCCCAACCACUCGACGCACAAGAG